UUCAGUCAUACCAAAAUACAUAAUUUUGGUUUCGAUUAGAGGAACUCUACGAUAGUUCACUGCUCGGGAAAUUGGUAAAUUUUCUGUUUCGCAGUCCGUAUUCAGCUCGGAAACCGAACCGAACCACGAAUCGAAAAGGGGCUACAAAAAGUCACAAGUGUCCCAUAGACCGCAGAGGAUUAGAACGAAUGAAAGAGAAGGAGAAUGGCCAAAAUGAAAGCAGGCAAGUGCGUGUUGUGACCUUUUGCCUCUAUACUUCUGCUUUCGUUGCAUACUUUCUCCGCAUAGAAAUGCCGUUAGAGGAAGUGAAAUAGCAUGCGGGAAUGAAUAUAUGAAAAUUUUUGCAAAAAUUUUGCAUACUCUGGCGUGGGUGAAAAGGGUUCCCCGGUAUAUAAAGGCACACUGGUGGUCAGUUCGCGGUCAUUGAGGAAAAGUGUUUCGAACUAGACAGGCGUUCAAUCUAAGAGACGAGUUAAAAUCGGAAAAAAAUUGUUGUGAGCAAAAUAGUGACAUUCGAUGUGUGAUUCGUGUUAUAUCAAUACAAAUAGACGUUGUUGAUACAAUCGUGAUUUAAGUGAGCUGUUACAAUUUGGAUACUGCAAGGAGCCCACCGAAUAAUAAUAAAUCGAACAAAAUGAUGGCCCAAUUCAUGAUGGAUUUGAAAACAGAUCCUCGAACCAGCCCUUCUUUAUAUCAUCCAAACUCUCCAAAAAUGCACGAAAGCUACCGUCCCAAUUCAACCGAUUCGGGUGUAUUGGAUUUAUCCAAACGACGCGAUUCGAUGGAAACUCGCAAGACUCCAUCUCCGUACAACAGUUUCAGCGAAGGAGGAUCUCCACCGCUUCACAGCUCUCCAAUUAAUCCUUCCAGCGGUCUCCUAUUGAACUACCACGCCAUGCAACAUCAACACCAAGCAUUUCCAGCAAAAGUUACUUUACCUUAUGAGCCAUCGAGCCACUUAGAACUCAGACAUUCUGCGCCGGCUGAGUUUCAUCCCACGCAAGCGUUCCAUAUGGCGCACCCAAUCAUCCCGAAACAGGAACACAUUCAACAGCGUCCGGAACUCGCUUCCUAUCUACUCCAAUCUGGAGCUUUGCAACAUCAACAGUUCCAUCGAAGUCCACCUACUCGAAACCGUGAAGUCGAUUCUCUUUCAGAGUCCGGUUCCGAAGGCCACAGCGCUGCUUCGAACAUGAAACAAGUUCCAAUGAAACAAUCAAACGAAUCAAAUAACGGCCCCUAUCCAAUGGUUAUCGGCCGCGAUGGAAAGCUUGCUCGUCCGUUCAAAGCAUACCCCCGUGAUCCUCUGAGCUUGGCGUCCGGUUUUAUGACCACCGACUCCAUUCUGGAUAACAAUUCCGCCGAAAAAUACAGCCUCUUCCGCAAACGAAUGCUUAAUCAAAUCCACGCCGCUAACGGGGGCCAACCAACGGUUUCCAAUCCCAAAAUGCGCCGCCUCAACAAAUCCCUAAGCGAUGCAUCGGAAACCGAGAGCGUGUCGGAAAAAAUGUCGGAUGCAAGCGAACGACCACAGCACCACCAGCAGCAACAACACCAAAAAACAAUCGCCACGCCCCUCGAAUGCAGCAACCCGAGCGAAGCGGUAAACAGCGAUGAAUGUAACAGCAAUGGCGCAACAGGAAUGGUGCGAGACUCCGCCUACUACGAACGGCGGAAGAAAAAUAACGCAGCGGCAAAGAAAUCACGCGAUCGCCGCCGCAUCAAGGAAGACGAGAUCGCCAUUCGUGCCGCCUUCUUGGAGCGGGAAAAUAUUGAGCUUAAGUUUGAGCUGGCCGCCGCCCGGAAGCAACUGGCACUGUACGGAGUCGCCACGGCGUCGUCCUGAGUGGGGGUAGUAUUGACGGGGGGGUUUUCGAGAGCGAAAGUCGCAUUCCAGUGUAAAUAGGUGUAAAGUUCCUUCAUUUGAGCAAACUAUUUUUAGAGAUAUUUAAAUAUUAUGAUACGGGUUAAGCGAUAAUACUGAGUAUGAUUGUACAUUUGAGACUGAGACCGAGAAGACUGAUCCGAUUGUAAAGUAAUGUUUAAUAAUUCGAAAGUACUUUAUUUCUUUAAUAAAAUUGAGAUGAA